AUGUGGAUUAUUAACUGGUUCUACGACGUCCUCUCAAGCCUCGGCUUGCUCAACAAGCAUGCCAAGCUUCUUUUCCUUGGCCUCGACAAUGCCGGAAAGACCACCCUCCUGCACAUGCUGAAGAACGACCGUGUCGCUAUCCUCCAGCCUACUCUUCACCCCACUUCCGAGGAGCUCGCCAUCGGCAACGUGCGCUUCACCACCUUCGAUCUCGGCGGUCACCAGCAGGCCCGCCGCCUGUGGAAGGACUACUUCCCCGAAGUCAACGGCAUCGUCUUCCUCGUCGACGCCAAGGACCACGAACGGUUCCCCGAGGCCAAGGCCGAGCUCGACGCCCUCUUGUCCAUGGAGGAGCUGGCCAAGGUGCCCUUUGUCAUCCUCGGCAACAAGAUUGACCACCCCGACGCCAUCUCGGAGGAGGAGCUCCGUCACCAGCUCGGCAUGUAUCAGACCACCGGCAAGGGCAAGGUGCCUCUGGAGGGAAUCCGACCUAUCGAGGUCUUCAUGUGCUCCGUUGUCCUCAGACAAGGAUACGGUGACGGUAUCCGGUGGCUCUCGCAGUACGUCUAA